GCCUAGCCUGACCAAAUAACAGCUAGCUAGCCCAACCUGCACACAACUUACGCACAUCAGAUUGCCAAGAAAGAUAAAGAAAACUAGCAGACUGACAGAUCAACGGAGACAACCGUUCCCCCCCCCCCUCCUCCAUCGCAUCGCAUAUCAGCUGGCAGACUUGAUCGACGCGAUCGAGUUCUCGAUCGUAGCAUGUCUCGCAAGCAUCAGAUGCUAGAGAGAGGAGACGGCAGCGGCGGCAACAACAGCAAGGCGGUGUGGGACACGGGGAGCUCGCUUUACGACUCCUACGAGCUGGCCGCCGUGCGCCGGCUCCUCGACAAGCGCCUCGCCAUGGCCGGCCUCCUUCCUCUCUCCGAUGAGCCACCGCACGCGGCGGAGAGAAGGGACAAGAACAAGCAGGUGGUCAGGGCCCGCAGGGGCAGGAAGGUGACGCUGAGGGCGCUCUUCAGGGCGGUGGCGUCCUGGGCGGUCAGGCCAAGGCAGGCGCGCGCCUGUGCCUGCGUUGGCAUGGCUCAUGGUCAGAGUGGUGCAGUCGAACCAGCUGUCUCGCCGCAUGGUAAACUGGUCGAUCAGUGUUGAUGUGUUCUUGGAACGUGUUGUUGGCGAUCUUUUGUCCAUGGUUUGUGGUAUGUGGGUGAUAUGUCUUUUUUUAUGUGAGUAAUAAGUUGAAAUGUAUUUUGAUUUAUAAGUGAUGAAUGAUUGAUAGUGUUUAUGGUUUGAUUUAAUGAUUUUGAGAUUAUACGGGGAUAUCUAUAUAUUAUAAUUAUAAUCAUAACUAAUGAAAGGUGUAGAGAAAAUAGAGUUGA